AUGGCCCAUUCCUGUGUCGGGAAAGGCCCGUUCCCGGGUCGGGAAAGGCCCGUUCCUGGAUCGGGAAAAGGCCCGUUCCUGGGGCGGGAACAGCCGCGCUCAGGGGGGCCCGUCCCGCGGGGCGAGGCGGCGGCGGCCGCGGGCAGGGCCGGCAGGAACGGCAAGAGGAAGCGCGGCGGGGCCGCCGAGGGGCCCGGGGACAGCGACAGCGACGGCGACACCGAGCGGGACGAGCGGCUGCUGCACCCCCGGGGCCGCAGGAAAAAAUUGAAAAGCACAUCGAAAUACAUUUAUCAGACUCUGUUUUUGAAUGGGGAGAACAGUGAUGUCAAAAUCUGUGCUCUGGGAGAGGAGUGGAACUUGCACAAGAUUUAUUUGUGUCAGUCAGGCUACUUUUCCAGUAUGUUCAGUGGCUCUUGGAAAGAAUCCAGCAUGAACGUCAUAGAGUUGGAGAUUCCUGACCAAAAUAUUGAUGUAGAAGCCCUGCAGGUGGCCUUUGGCUCCCUGUACAGAGACGAUGUGCUGAUCAACCCCAGCCGCGUGGUCGCCCUGCUGGCAGCAGCCUGCAUGCUGCAGCUGGAUGGCUUAAUCCAGCAGUGUGGUGAAACAAUGAAGGAAACCAUCACCUCCCAGACCGUGUGUGGGUACUACAACUCCGCGGGGACAUACGGGCUGGACUCCGUGAAGAAAAAGUGCCUUGAGUGGCUCUUGAACAACCUGAUGACCCACCAGAGCAUUGGACUCUUCAAAGAACUCAGCAUAAACCUUAUGAAGCAGCUGAUCAGCUCCUCCAACCUGUUUGUGCUGCAGGUGGAAAUGGACGUGUACACUGCUCUCAAAAAGUGGAUGUUCCUUCAGCUCGUGCCUUCUUGGAAUGGGUCUUUCAAGCAGGUGUUGACUGAAGCUGAUGCCUGGUUUGCCGAGCGCAGGAGAGAGUUUGGGGGUGAUGUUGCUUUCCUGGAAUCAGCCCAGGGAAGUGCAUUCCUGCCCGUGUUCUCCCACCUGAGGCUGCAGUACAUCAUCAGUGACCUGGCCUCGGCCAGGAUCGUGGAGAGAGAUGCCCUGCUGCCCUCAGAAUGGCUGUCCUCUGUUUACAAACAGCAGUGGUUUGCCAUGCUCAGAGCAGAACAAGACAAUGAUAUUGGGCCCCAGGAAAUAAAUAAAGAGGAACUGGAAGGGAACAGCAUGAGGUGUGGUCGCAAACUCGCCAAGGAUGGUGAUUACUGCUGGCGCUGGACUGGCUUCAACUUCGGCUUCGACCUGCUGGUCACCUACACCAACCGCUACAUCAUCUUCAAGCGCAACACUCUGAACCAGCCGUGCAGCGGCUCCGUCAGCCUGCAGCCCCGGCGCAGCAUCGCCUUCAGGUUACGUCUGGCCUCCUUCGACAGCAGCGGGAAGAUGGUUUGCAGCAGGACCACGGGCUAUCAGAUCCUCACCCUUGAGAAGGACCAGGAGCAGAUUGUGAUGAAUUUGGACAGCAGGCUCCUGACCUUCCCCCUCUACAUCUGCUGCAACUUCCUGUACACGACCCCGGAGAAGAGGGCGGACGGCGAGGCCCUGCUGGAGAACUUGGAAGCCUGA